AUGGAUAGACCGAAAAUUCAAGUCAUAGUACGCAAGCGUCCUCUUACAGCUAGCGAAAUCAAAAAAAAAGAAACCGAUAUCGUUGAUAUCACAUCCAGAGAAUCACUUAUAGUGCGAGAAGACAAGUAAUCUUUAUUUAGACAAAAAGUGGAUCUCACCAAAUUCACAGAAGGCCAUAACUUCUUAUAUGACCAAGUGUACGAUGAAACUGCAACUAACCAAGAAGUAAUUUCUACUUAGAUUUACCAAUUUUGUAUUCAGCCACUUAUCUCAGCUGCUUUUGAAGGCUCACAUAUCACUUGUUUUGCAUAUGGGCAAACAGGAUCUGGCAAGACUUAUACAAUGCUAGGGGAAUCUCGUGUGCCAGGACUUUAUCUGCUUGCUUCUCAAGAUGUUUUUGAAAGGGUUAGUGCAAACUCCCACAAGCUGAAAAUUCUGAUUUCUUUCUAUGAGAUUUACUGUGCGAAAAUUCAUGAUUUGCUUAAUGAAAGACAGCAGCUUGUAGCUAGAGAAGAUGUCUUGGCCUUAAUAUAAAUUAUCGAAAAGCUCAUUGAGAUAUCUGGAUGGGUAUUAUCUCCACCUUGCUUCGUUGAGCCGCCUACGCCCCGCUAGGAGGUUAACUUCUCUCCUGCCUGAGGCUUCCCUUUCACUUCCAAGUCUUCAUUUCUCUCGAGGUAAAAUCCAGUCCUGAAAAACUGACUCAGUAAGGUUGAUUUACCUAAAAUAGCUGUCCAUUUCUGGGCUGUAAAUCCUCUCCGAGUAUAAUUAAAAUACGUACUCAAAGCUGCAUGGCCGGAAUGCCAUACCUGCCAUAUUCUAAUUAUAUAGCAAGAGAAGAUGCUAACCAAAAAGUCAAUAUUGUAGGACUAAUGGAAACCGAAGUUAGCACAGUAGAAGAUUUAAUGAGAAUCAUCGGUUUUGGGCUAUCAAACAGAGUUGUAGGAGUUACAGGAGCCAAUGAUGAAUCUUCAAGAUCUCACGCAGUGCUGAAUAUCAGCUUGAAACUCGGCCGAAAAUUGGUAGGGAAAGUCUCAUUUAUUGAUUUAGCUGGUAGUGAAAGAGGUGCAGACACAGUUGACAACUCAAAGCAAACCAGGAUUGAUGGUGCAGAAAUCAAUAAAAGUCUACUUGCUCUUAAAGAGUGCAUAAGAGCACUAGAUCAAGAUAAAAAGCAUACCCCUUUCAGAGGAAGCAUUCUGACACAAGUCCUUAAAGACAGUUUUACAGGAAAGAGCAAAACCGUUAUGAUUGCAAAUAUUUCACCAUCCUCUGGAGAUGUUGAGCAUACUCUAAACACACUCAGAUAUGCAGAUCGAGUCAAAGAAUUGAAAAAAGGCAACAAAUCGCCCAGAGGAGUUCAAGAUAUUCUAGCUGACUCUUUAUUAUUGCCUAGAAAGCCAUGUAAUUUAUAAUUAGCUACUGUUACCAAAGUCCAAGAAAAAAAGAAGCCACAAACAGCUAAAGUCAAUUCUCAGCCUACAGGGGCAAACCGACUUUUAGCGACCAGGUCUCGUUCUUCUACAACAGAAGAUAGCUUAGGUAAAUAUUUGAACCCAAAUUGGAGAGCCAUGAAUGAGCAAGAUUUACAAGAAAUGUCAGAAACUCAUGAAAAACUGAUAGCCAAAAUAUUAAACGAAGAAGAAGAGCUGAUAACGUCUCAUAAGCAGCAUAUCGAUACUAUUGUGGACAUUGUUAAAGAAGAAAUGAUACUGCUGAAUAAUGUAGAUAAGCCUGGAAGCGAUGUUGAGGACUAUGUAGGGAGCUUGAAUAGAAUUUUGGAAAGAAAAAUUGAAGGGAUAAGGGAGUUGCAAGCAAAGCUUAAUACUUUCAGUUCUGAUAUUAAUACUGAAGGACUUUUAAGCAGAAGAUUCUAUCAAUUCCAAAAUGAAGUCCUUGAUUUGCAAGGGACCGAAGAAAAUGAUGGUGCAUUUAAUGACUAUUAA